AUGAGCGAUAAAGAAGUUUUGCCGGGCUUCCCAGAGUGCUGGACCCCUGAUAUUGUGGUAGGAAUUGACUUUGGCAUGACUUAUACGGGUGUCGCAUACUCCUGUGGCCCCGAAUGGUCCCCGCCGAAGACCAUACAGCGUUGGCCAGGAAGGCUGUUAUCCGAGCUGGCAAACAAAGUGCCGACCUCCCUGGAAUAUUGCUCGGAAUCCAACCAGCUUCGGAAUUGGGGAUUCAAGUGUGAUCCAGAAGCAAAGGGGUCAGAUAUAAAGGAGUUCUUCAAGCUACACCUGGCGCCUCAGAGCCACGAAGAAUUUCGGGGAGGUUCUACUCGACAGGAAGCCCAGCGCUGGUUCCAGGACUUUAUCUUAUGCAUCUACCAGCACGUCGUCUCCAUCUUCAAUGAUACAAUACCUCAUUUCGACUCGCGACACGUCGAAUUUUCUUUCAGCGUGCCGACCACAUGGAAGGAUGUGCGGAUGGUGCAGGAAACUCGGGAAAUACUUGAGCGCGUGAUCAACACAAAGACACCGCGUCAUCGCGCGUUUAUAGGUCUCACCGAGGCGGAGGCAGCAGCGGUAUAUGCCGGAAAUGAACAUUAUUUAGUUGACGAUACGAUUCUUGUCUGUGAUGCAGGGGGAGGGACCACGGACGUGAAUGUUCUAAAGCUAAUAUCAGAUCGCGGCGAACCAACCAGGCUGGAGCAAUUGGGCCACGUUGAAGGACAACCAAUCGGUUCUGUUUUCAUCGACAGAAGUAUCCACCAUCUAUUAUCCCAAAGAUUGAACAAGGUUCGCGACUAUCUAAAACUGUCGCCGGGCGAUGUGGCAUGGAUGAUGAUUUCAGGUCUCUUCCAAAGAAUGAAAUGUUCCUUUGGCACCGAUUCUAUAUUGACCCCGUGGCUGAUGCUGGACGUUCCAAAAUUGGAGUCAGUGUUAGACUUUCCAGAAGCAGAGAUUUAUAGUGGGAAAAUGCGGAUUUCAUGGUAA